AUUCUUUCUUGAAUUCUGUGACUUUGUGCUGUUCUUUUCUGUUCACUGAGUUCUGUUCUCAUGACCUCGAUUGCAGCUAAAACUAUCCGCUUGAAUAUCAAACAUCUUAAAGUUGUUUUGUCUAAUUUGAAACAGUUUUCUAAAACUGAAUGGGAAACAUUUGGUCUUGAGUGUGGCCUUCACUACAACACAUUGGAAGCAAUACAAGCUAAUAAUGCUGGUAAACCUGGAUCUGUUGAAAAAUGUUUCAGAGACACUGUGACUUGCUGGCUGAAGAAGAAGGAUAAUGUUGAUGGAAAAGGAGAACCGACUUUAGAGAGAUUAGCUGAUAUAGUGGAAGAGACUGGAGACAAAGCUACAGCAGAGGAAAUAAGGAAUCAAUUCAGAAAGGAUGAUAAUGAAAUUACAGAGCCAAUACCUACAAUUCCUGAUCAAUGUUCUACAUCAUUAUGGUGGAUCGUAACACCGGUAUUGGUUCUUGUAGCAAUAAUUAUUUAUAUAUCAUUAAGGGCAACAGUGAUCGAUGAAUAUGCUAUUAAAUUAUGUGAUGAGUAUGCUGAGAAACUGACGAGGUAUAGAGAUCCAGAUAUUAAUAAAGUUCCAGCUGCUGGCCCGUCAGCCCCUAUUUAUGUUUCUUUUGUACCUCUAAAGUUAAUUAGAUUAGAAAGACAUGGAAAAGAAGAUGCAGGUUUUUUAAAAACAGCUUCUAUUGAAGAAAUACUGGAAAAAUAUGAGCGUAUAGAAAUUGAUGAUAUUUUAAAACCACUGGCAGAUAAACGAUUAAGAUUUGUAUUAAUUGAAGGAGAGCCUGGCAUAGGAAAAAGCACAUUAGCUAAAGAACUAACGUUGCGAUGGGUCAGAAAUACUGAUAAAUUAUUAAACAAUUUUAAGAUUGUUAUUUUUGUUACAUUGCGUCUUGAAAUUUAUCAAAAAGCUAAAACGUUUGAAAAUCUUCUUAUUAAUUUUGAUGACAUUAAUAUGACUGAAAUAGCAUUAUCAAUAAAAAAAACAAGAGGAGCAGGUGUUCUCUGGAUAUUAGACGGUUUUGAUGAGCUUCCACAUCAACUGAGAAACAGUUCAACUUCAUUAUUCAUUAAAUUUAUAAAAGGAGACAUUCUUCCCAAGUCAACAGUGAUAGUUACCAGCAGACUUGCUGCUAGUCUGCCUCUGUAUAAUAAUUUAGAACAUGAUUCAAAAAGUCUUUAUCUUUUAGGCUUUAGCCCAAAUGAAACCAGAGAAUAUGCUACAAAGUAUUUUGAAAAUAACAAAACAUUAGCUGAUGAAUUCCAUUCUUACUAUAGUCAUGAUACUAUGAUUGAGAUUAUGCUGUACAAUCCAAUGACCUGCUUCAUAAUGUGUACAGUAUUUAAUGAUUUUAUACUUAGUAAUGAUAAAGGAUAUCCCAUAACAAUGACGGGGAUUUAUAACCACUAUGUUCGUAUACUGCUCAAGCGACACCUCAUUGACAAUAAUAAAGCAAUUGAUAUAAACUAUGAUAUGCCUCAACUUUUAAUAUGUAGUAUUGACUUUAAUAGUCCUGAAUUAAAUAGCACUUGGAAGCAAUUUUAUUAUCUUUCUAAAGUAGCUUAUAAUGGUGUAAUGAAACAACAAUAUGCUUUUGGAAAGGAGCUUCAUGAUGUUCCAAAACUAAGUAUGAUGGACACAAUCAAUAGCUUUUCUGGAUUUUAUAAAGAUGAGUCUAGCAGUUUCAUACACACUACACUACAAGAAUACUUUGCAGCAAUUUAUCUUGUCAAUAAUCCAGAUUCCAUGUUUACUAAAGAAGACUUAGAGCACAACUCAAAUCUUGAAGUUGUUUUGACUUUCUAUGUUGGAUUAUUGAAGUUUAUUGACAGAGAAGUUGAUAAUAAAACUAUUGAUAUGAUAUUGAAACAAGAUCGUUAUUAUCGAUUAGAUCUAAACGACAAUUUUCAAGUAUUUGGUUUAACACAAUAUUAUAGUGAGCUUUCUAGCUUAAUACUGAGAUGUUUGUAUGAACAAGACUCACUUUUAUCCAGUAAGCAUUUUCUUGAUAAAAAAUACGUAAUGUCAUAUUUUUAUGCAAGAAGAAGUCACUUUGAAUUUUUUUUUAUAGUGAUUUUGAAUACUUUAUUUGUGGUUAUAUCAUUGCUGCUCAUAAUAUUACACUCACAAUUGAACCUUCAAGGUUAUCUCAAAUAAUAGCUUUCAGAAAAGGACUCAAA